AUGAGUGAUAAAAAGGUUUUACAACAGUUCUUAGGAAUUGUAAACUAUGCGAGAAACUACAUAGACAACUUAGCAAAGUUAGCAGGACCUUUGUAUGCUAAAUUAAGGGAAAAUGGUCAAAAAUACUUCAAUUCCGAAGAUAUAAAAUUAGUAAAGGCCAUCAAGGAAAAGGUCAAGAAUUUAAAACCCCUAGAAUUGCCUCUAGAAGACAAUUAUUUUGUAAUUGAGACAGAUGCAUCUAAGGUAGGAUGGGGUGCGAUACUAAAACAAAACCCCAAUAAAUACUCCCCAAAAGCAGAUGAAAAAAUAUGCAGAUAUGCUUCGGGAAGUUAUAAAUUAAAGACGGUAAAUAAUAUUGAUAGGGAAAUCCUUGCAGUUGUAAAUGCAAUAAAUGCGUUUAGGCUAUAUCUAGGAUUUAAAGAAUUUACAGUGCAAACAUACUGUGAAGCUAUAUGUCGAUAUUACAAUAAAAUUAAUAAAAUGAGGAAAGGAUUAUUCGCCAACAAGGAUGAAUAUCUCUUCUUUGGAGAAGAAAAUAGGCUGAAAAUGUUUCAGCCAAAUACAUUCAAUUUCAAGCCAAAACCCCAUAUCAAGCUUGAUGAAGCUCAAAGAUGCAUAUUGGAUAAUUUCUGGUUCCAAUAUACUCUCAAGAGAGAGGGAAAAGGAUAUUUUUUAUCAAUUCUCAAUAGUUUGGCAGAAUAUUUUAAUGCAUUAAACAAAAAUUUGCCAAAGCCAGAAAAGAUUGAAAUACCAAAAGGAGAAACAAUAUAUCUUAUAUCUGAUGGAAAUAAACCUGGCAUAUAUUUGGAAUGGGAAAAUAUAAUGAUUGAAAAAAUAGAUGCAAAAAGGAAAGGACAAGAUUUAACAUUCAAAAGAUAUUAUAAUAUAGAUGAUGCCUUAUUCUGGGCAAGAAAGGUAUUUGGACCAGAUUAUUAUAUUGACCCAAAGGUUAAAGACUAUAUUCAAAUGAAAAGAGGCAUACCUGCUUCACCAACUCCCACAAAGGGGGAGGCAUCAAGCUCUAAAAAUAUAAAGAAUGAAGAGCCUCCAAAAUAUAAGACAUAUCAAGAAUGCCUUGUAAAGGGGCUUGACCCUUUAGACAGUGAAUACAUAGAUCAAGAAAUGGAUAAAAUAUUUGAAGAAUUUUCAAAAAUAAUAAAGAAAGAAUUGAAAGAAGAAAUAUUAAAAGAAUUAAGGCAUGAAAUGGACGAAAAAUUUGAAGAAAUAAAGAAAGAAUGCGAUCAAAAAUAUGAUUUCAGUCUGUUAAACGAUGAUGAUGAUCAUAUGGACAUAGCAGGGCACGGGCAGCGACCUGAAUAA